AUGGCUGAGCUCGAGGUGGUUUGCCUCGCCCUCUUAUUGACGGUUUUUACGCGACACCUCGUUGACAAAACGGACAUGCGGGCUUUCACUCCUGAUUGCCUUUCUGCUCUUUUAAACUGCGAUAAUCUGAUUCAAUCUAUGCAACCCAGAGAUGUCGCUUACUUGAUUGUUAGCUGGUUGAAGGCUGGAGACUUCGAGAGCCGUAAAGAACUCUCAAAGACACUCCUCCUGAAAUAUUUAAAGGAUCAAGCACUUGAUGUCAUUUUGGAGUCUAUUCACAAUCUAAGCUGCUACGGUCAAGCCUCUGCCAACUGUGAAUCGAGUCCGACGAUACCUAAUUUUGUUGGAAAAAUCAGUUGGAGCAGCUGUCAAGAGACAGAACAAGGAAUCUCACAAGAGAAAACAUGUUCUUCUAGGGGAAAUUAUAAUGGUCUAUUAGUUUAUGAAGAUUCUUGCAAAGGAUUGAGUUUUUUCUGUCAGGAAAACAAUAGAUGGUCUUAUGAAACUGUCCUCGGUAUUGGGCAGACUCCACUUGGCAUCAUCGACAGUUGUUAUUUAGUGUCCAUAGGCAACGAUCCUUACACUAUCCACUUGACAAAUUUGAACACGAAAACUGUUGAGACCCCAGUGUCUAUUUUGCGUACAAUAAUGAGAGAAGGGCGGGUUAUCAACCCGGGUAAAGAAGCGAUCCAUUAUUUUUGUUGUUCCGGUCGCCUCUACGUAAUGAUGAACUUGUGGGCUCGAUCAUCUGAUCUUGUUUUGUCGCUCUAUCAGUUUGAUGUUAUUAACAACUGGUCACUAUUGUUAGACAUCACCCAAGAGCUGGAUAACCGGUUUCUGCCUGGCUCUUUCACCAGGGAAGAUGUAAGUCUAAGGCUUAACUGUGUUUCACUUGACGGGAAUGACGUUUUAAUCGUCGCCAAACUCUCGUUAAAGAACCCUCUAAACAACUCUGGUAGCUGGACCAGCGAGCCGAGGAAUGACCGACAACAUGCUAACGUGUCUCGAUAUCCAAGAUCACUUUGUAACUUGUAUCGAGUAAAUCUUUGCAAAGGAAGUUACGAUCUGCUGUCAACUGGUUGGAAAUAUGUAAGCAAUGCUCAGUUAGAAAAUGCCUUUUUUUCCAAAGAGAAACUCUUUUUUCCUGAUGAGAAACUUCAAAAAAUUGAACAAUUGGCAAUGUCAGAUGGUGUAAAAAUCAACUGUAUCUGCUACGACAUGAAUUCUAACGAGUGGAGCCCGGAAGAACUGACUCUGCCGUCAAUUGAACUCGAACCUCUACCUUUAAAGCAGGAUGACUUCCCACGCAGCUCUAUUAAGAUGCACGGAUCCGUUCUUUAUGUCGGAGUCCACCGUGCGCCGCAUAUGUUUAACGUCUACUUGUUUCAAUUUGACACGUUUCAAUGGCAAAAACUACCGCCGAUUCCAAGUUCGUCUGUCUCCCAAAUGACCCUCUAUCCGAUCUCUGCUAAACGACCGGUUACCCAAUAUUUGAGAAGUGACACUUCCGGAAAGCAGGUCAAUAACUCCGACUUUCUCUUCCUGAAUACCUCGUUACAAAGCUGGCGAGGAAGUCGGACAGAGUGA